AUGGCUGGUACUCGUGAAGAAGAAAGACAACAUUUUAAAAAACAAACAGAUAGACGAGGAGAUUUUAAUCCAAAAAGAAAAAAUUCCCUUGCUGGUAAAAAUAAAGAUCUUCAUGCUACUACACCAUUGGCUUCAGGUACAGUAACCUCACCGACUACUCCUACGUCUCUUGGCUCUACGGCUUCAAACGCAUCAUUUUCUUCUGGUCCAGCUUUGCCUAGUUCAAGACCAAUUCCAGAACAUGUACCAGUAAAUAAUUUUAAUUCUGCAGAAAUUUCUUUAUUUUUAAAUAAUGGCUUUCAUGAAGCAGUGCAGCGAUAUCACAGUAAUUCUGAUCCUGAUCUUAAUGAAUUACUUUCAUUAGAGAAACCUGAUAUGUACAAACCUCCAACAGAAAAGAAUGCUUGGGGAAAUAAACUUACUUGGGGACAAGCUGCACAUUUAAUGGCAAAUGGCAAUGAUUUCUUUACUGAAUUGAGAAAAUCCAUUCCAAACGUCCCAGCAUCAAAUGCACAGCCGGCGACAGCAAAGUAA